UUUGGGGGACGGACCUGGUCCGGUCUUGAAUAUGGUCCGACGGAGAAAUUUUCCAAACCUCGUGCUAGACAGCCGGUUUAGCGCUUCCCAGCAACACAAGGAAUAUGCCCAAAGCAGUGAAGAGCAAAGGAGGGCAGGAGAAGAAAGUCAUCCAUCCUUACAGUAGGAAAGCUGCCCAACUUACAAAAGAAGCAAACAAACAAGAGAAAAAAGAAAAGCUGAAAAAUGAAAAGGCUGUUCGUCUCAGCGUUGUAGGUGAGAAAUUGCUUUGGUUUCAAAGUCACCUUGACCCCAACAGAAUGGAAUAUACUAAACAAGACGCCUGUGAACUAUUAGAAAGUUAUUUGCAACGAUUCUGUGAUGAACUGGAACAGAUUGAACUGCGGAAUAGCAUUAAAGGAAGGAAAGCAAGACAACACAGUGCUAGAGAAACAUUCAUCAGACAGACUAUGGAACGUGAAAGGCAGUUAUACGAAGGAUACGGACUAGAGAUUCCUGACAUUGUGAACUCCAAGCACCUUAAGAUGUUCAGAGACUGGGAUGGUGACCUAAAGAAACUGCCAAAUAUUAAAAUGAGAAAGAUUACAAAUCAAGAUGCCUUAUGCAGUACGAUGGAGAAGACAAGUGAGGAAGCUGAAAUAGACUUGAAUGCAACCAAAACCACAGACUGAGGCAUUCGCCUAUACUCUAGAUAAAUGCCAGCUUCAUCAAAUUGCAAAUAUGCUUUUUAAUAUAUGGAAAUGAGGUCAAACCUCGCGGUAAGACAUGACAAGUCUCAUCAUGUCCAAAGUGAAGCCCAGCACUGCACUUUGGUAUUCAGGUAAUGAAUGAUGUGAGAUUCUGGACAUGGUAUAUUAUAUUGUAUUUUGAAGCACAAUGUAAAGUUUAUAAAGGUAAAAGAAAUACUAUUAAAAUUCAAAUUUGAUGUUCCAGUGGCAUAACCCUCCUCGGAUUUUGGUCAAGUCAUUUACAAUCAGUGAAGGAAACAAUGCAAAUUGACCAGAGAAGAGACCUUAACUCCAUAAGCAGGAACAGAAAACUUUGCUACUCUUUCAUGUUUUGUAGUGUUCUGUCAAAGACUAUUUUAAUAUUUCUUCAAGGAAAUUAAUUAAAAUCAGAAGCACUGUGAAAAUAUAUGCUUCACAUUUAAUUAUGCCACAGUUCAUUUUGUUCUUGAGAGGAAUAAAUUGAUAAUAAUAAAAAAACAAGAA